AUGGAGGCAAAACUCGCAAGAGCCGUUCAGGCUAUUCAGUCCUCCAACUAUUCCCUUAAUACCGUCCUGCAACUUCAGGAAAGUGGGUUCGAUUUUUCACAAUUGUCCGGACAUGUUGUUUGCGGUCUAGUAGCACGCAACUUUGGUCUGGGAAUCAAAAUCCUUCUUUCUUGUGGAGUCAAGCUGGAUUGUGUGGAUCCGAUAUCUGGCAAUUCGCCACUGAUAUUAUUAGCUGCGGAGGGACUUUGCGGUCCGGUACGCUGUCUAAUAGGCCAUGUACCGGUGGAGCAUCUACACCACAUCAAUCGGAGCACCAAUUCCGUCCUCUCACUUCUCCUGGCCAGAGGACAUAGUCACUGCGGUUGCCUUGAAACGCUCCUGCAGCGCUUCUCCUCUUCCACUCCUAAUCAUCUGAAGGAUCCCUGCAAUCGAGUCAUCCUUAGUGUAAUGGAUUUGUUAGAGCAGAUUAAAACCUCCGCCAUUGAUCGUGUCGCCGGUGUGUUCCAGCUGUGGAUUUCGGCCAACUUAAUUGAUCUCGAAGAUGAUGCAACAGAUGCAGAAAUGCGAAAAAAGACCUGCGAGUUGUUACUUAGACGGACAAUAGGGACUAUUGUGAAGGACUGUCUUUCCGGAUGGACUAGCCCACAGACUAUCAGAGCCUCAACAUCCAAGUGCUUUGAGCUGUUUGCUAAACUUCUAAUUUUGAGACGCCUUAGUGUUGGUUUUCUUGAGGAUUGUCGGCGGGAAGUGGAUGCUGCAUACUCCAUUGACAGACCAAAGCCGCUGGAGCCGUCGCAAAUACGACAACUGGACCACCUGCAAAAUGGGUAA